CGUUGGUUUUUGUCGGACAUAUUUUUGAAAGUACACGUUGGAUCCAGGCAGGACAGCUGGCUCAGCCUUUAGUUUUUUCCCUUUCUUUUUACAAUUAGCCUCAAAUUCAGACAUAUUGGAUCCCAGUCAACAACAAAGCAACACCGAACCUUAAAACACGUCCUCCUGUUAGCCUGCUUCCUCCGUGCAGCAGCAGGAUGUUUUCUUCCCAGACUUCGUCUUUCCAGGAUUCAAUCGACGUGGAGGAGAGAGAUGAAUUUGACAGCGAAGAUAUUGUUGGAUACAGCCAGAAAAUUCAGCUGAACUGCUACUACACCAUCUAUCUUUAUCAGGGCACAAGAUCUGAGGCCUGUGGAGAAAAUGUGGCGUGGAACCAGAGACGUGCAGACUCCACAACAAGUCACGAUGACUUUAGCUUGACACUAAUUGACAGCAGCCUUCCUUCAGAAGCAGAACCGGAGCUGCGGACCUAUAUUUCAAGGCGGCUGAGUAAAGGAGCUCUUCUUGGAGGCAUGGGCAACAUUGCCACUGUGGAACUGAGUCUUCCAGAACAGGCAGUCGGCUGCUACUGCUGUCUACUGGAGCAGGAAAGGUCUCCAGAGCAGCCGGACGCUGAUGGAAAUGGAUACGUCAUCUGCUUCAUGGGGGGCUCCGAAAAGGGACUGAACUUAUUUAGAUUAGAGCUCGAUAAAUAUGUCCAAGGACUACACAGCAGCCUUCAAACUCCAGAGCUGCAGAACCUUGAGACUGAAGUCCGUCCCUAUCUGAGCCGCUGGUACGAGGAGUCGGUCAUGCACAUUUAUCGAGUAGUGCAGCUGGUCCAGAGCAACAUCAGCUUCCUGCUGCAUGCUGCUCUCAGCCACACACACGUGGAAGUCACAAAUUCAGACGAGAGGACAAAGGCCGACGUGUCCAGGUUCAUUAAAGCAGCCAGUUUGCAGGGCCUGUCUCAGCAGGACACCACCACAGCCUCUCUGUGCAAAGCCAUGUCGGAGGACACACAGUCUGAUGUGGUUAUCGACUGCUCCUCCAGCCCGCCCACGCUCACUAACACCGUCAGUAACCGUUUCUGCGACGGCUGGAUUCAGGCGUUUCUAAACGCUGCGGAGCGCUGCAACCCAUUCCUGCUCAGACAGAUUCUGGAGAACUUCAAGCUGAAGGCCAUCCAGGACAUGAACAGCCUGAAGCGCUUCGUGCGUCAGGCCGAGAUGAGUCACUACGCCCUGUUCCGCUGCUGCCAGUUCCUGCAGGGCUGCGGGAACGGAGACGUGCUGCUGCAGAACGCCCGGGCGGAGCACAGCGACCUGCCCGAAGCCUGCAACAUCAUCGCCGUCCUGGAUGAAUUCCUCAGUGAACAGACUCAGGCCUGACCCACAGCUUCCACUACAUGCAAAAGCUCCGCAUUUACUUUGUUAAAAAAUAAAAUAAAAUACUGCUAAAAAUGUGAGAAAUGAGGCAGCAAAUACAGUAAAUUUAAUUUAUGAACUACGACGAUGAUGGUGCUACUUUUGCUGCAGGAGUUCGGACAAUUAUGGCUUAGAAAUUAGGAAAGGAUGUAAAAAUGAAUUUUAUAAGAUGAAGGAAAAUAGGAUACAAUCUUAGAUGUAAAUGUUGAGUGUGUGUAUAAAGAAACUGAGAAAUAAAUAUUACCAAUAGUUCUCACAGAAGCCACUAAAAAGAACCAAUAUACAUAAGAAGUUAUGGUAACUGGGGUAAAAUUAUGUUUAGCAAUAUUUUAUAUCAAAAUGGCUCUCUAAAUUAUUUAACUGUUAUUUUCUUUUGAGAAUGAUGCACAAAUCACUUUCAAGCAUUUUGUUAUAUAAUCCACCCAGUACCUGCACUACCUUCACUCCUCUGAUAUUGUGUUUAUCUUUAUGCUAAUGUCAACUUUUUCUUUUCCAACUGUGGGAAUGCUUUGUUGUAAUUCUGGUAUAAUAGUUCCAAAUACUGUCAAAUGUGAUUAUUUCCAGGAGUUUAUGGGAGUUCAUGUAGCUAACUAGAUAUAGGACAUGCAUUAAAAAAACAAUUUAAUAGUUGAUAAAUAGUUUUAACGAUAAGCUCAGAAGGUUCUUAUUAAAUAUUGUCCAAAGUAUGUAAGAGAGCAAUAUUAUUGUUGUUGGUGUUUAAUUUUAACCGUUGAUGUGUGAAUAGGUUGUUUUUGCUGUUGUUGAGAAUAGUGUGACUGACUCAUGGUGCGUCUGUGUGGAUAUUUCUGUGCAUGCAGUCUUCUGUUCUAAAUAUUUUUGUGGUUCUCUCUAAGAUGAUUGAAAUAAACGCAGUUAAGUUGCA